AUGGAGACACUGGCGAGCGUCAUGCGGCGGGACAACCGCCGCUUCAAGCCCCCGCCCUCCUCCGCCGCCGCCGCCGCCUCCGCCUCCGCCGGCAGGGCCCCCCUCGUCAUGGCCUUCCUCGCCUGCCUCGCCUGGGUGUACGUCGCCGGCCGGCUAUGGCAGGACGCGCAGACCCGGGCGGUCCUCUCCGGCCUCCUGCAGAAGAGCACCAGCAAUCUCCCCAAGGAGAUCUCGGUGGACGACAAGCUGAGGGACCUCGGAUGCACUGGGAUUGGGAGGAAGAUCGCCGAGGCGGAGAUGGACAUUGCCAAGGCGAAGAGCGAGGGCUACUUGUGGGGGAACGGGACUGGUGGUACUGGUACUGAGGGUUCCGGCAGGAAGAAGUUCCUUGCGGUCAUUGGAGUUUACACUGGCUUUGGCUCCCGGCUCAAGAGGAACACCUUCCGUGGCUCCUGGAUGCCCAGAGGUGAUGCUUUAAAGACGCUUGAGGAAAAGGGUGUGGUUAUUCGUUUUGUUAUUGGCCGAAGUCCUAAUCGAGGUGAUAGCUUGGACCGUAAUAUUAAUGAAGAGAACAGAAAGACAAACGAUUUCUUGAUUCUGGAAAGUCACGAGGAGGCUGCAGAGGAAUUACCUAAAAAAGUUAAGUUUUUCUUCAGUGCAGCAAUAGAAGCUUGGGAUGCAGAGUUCUACGUCAAGAUUGACGAUAACAUUAAUCUUGACUUGGCUGGGUUAAUUGAGAUGCUUAACAUCCGUCGAGGUAGCCCUGGGUUGUACAUGGGCUGCAUGAAAUCAGGAGCUGUCGUUAGUGAAGAGGAGCAACAAUGGUAUGAACCUGAAUGGUGGAAAUUUGGAGAUUCAAGGACGUAUUUUCGCCAUGCUGCUGGUUCUUUAUUUAUCCUCUCAAACAAUUUGGCUCGCUACAUCAACAUAAACAGUGCAUCGCUGCAGAGCUAUGCGCAUGAUGACAUAUCAGUUGGUUCAUGGAUGAUGGGGCUUAAUGCCACCUACGUUGAUGACGACCGUCUUUGUUGCCUCAGUGCAGUACAAGAGAAAGUAUGUUCGUUUGGAUGA